ACCAAAAUGGCGUACGUGCUGCGAGGAAAAGGAGCCGUUUGGUAUUUUUCCUAAGGAAGGCGCGAGCCCUGUAGUGUUUCAGGAAACGCAUUUCAAUCCCAUUCAACUAGGAGCGGAGCAGGGAAAGCAGCGUUGCUCCUACAAUCCAGCUAUUUUGUCCCAACCGUCAUUUGUAAAGGCGGAGGUGACCCAAUGAGAGACUCCGGGGUUGUGGAUCACCCAUCUCUCCAUCACAGAGCUCACCCUGAGCAGCAGCAGCAAGCUGUGUCCUUGUCCCCCAGCAGACACUCUGCAAGGGAGGAGUAUGAAGAAGAUGACAUGGCGACCAGGUUUACAGAAGGACAGGACGUGUUGGCUAGGUGGUCUGAUGGCCUGUUCUACCUAGGAACAAUCACAAAGAUAGAUUAUGAAAGGCAACGGUGCUUUGUUGUUUUUGAAGAUCGAUCAAAGUCGUGGGUUCUUUGGAAGGAUAUUCAGACUGGUGAUGAAGAUGAUCAGGAUGAUGAUGACGAUGACAUUGUGUGCUCCAUAUGCCAGGAUGAAACUUCAGAAGAACCCAAUGAGAUUGUCAUUUGUGACAAAUGUGGACAAGGUUACCAUCAGGUGUGUCACUCCCCCAUCAUCGACGCUGCUGUCAUUGACUCUGAUGAAAAAUGGCUGUGCUCAGAAUGUGAACUCAUGUCUCUAUCAACGAGGGAAAGCUCACACCGGAAGGAGUCAUCUGCUAAAAGUUUUUUGCAGUACGAGCAGCAGCAGCAGCAGCCACAGCAGCAUAUGGAGCUACAUCUGUCCUUCCCAUAUGUCUUGGAGGAACUGGUAUGGGAGCAGGGCCAUCAGACCAACAUGCAGCAGUGCUACUGCUACUGUGGUGGUCCAGGAGACUGGUAUCAGAAGAUGCUGCAGUGUCACAGGUGUCAGCAGUGGUUCCAUGACACUUGUCUCCAUUGCUUACAGAUGCCCAUGCUCUAUGGAGAUCGGUUUUAUGUCUUCAUCUGUUCAGUGUGCAACAGUGGACCAGAGUACCUCAGCCGGCUGCCUCUCAACUGGAAGGAUGUGGUUCAUCUGAGUUUGUACAACUUGAGUGUAAUCCACAAGAAGAAGUAUUUUGACUUUGACAUGGAGCUGAUGGCUUACAUCAUUGAAAACUGGGAGGUGUUGCAGCUGGGCGAGCUUGCCAACACUCCAAGAUCAGAGCGAUGUGAUCAUGUUCUCGAGGCCUUAAACAGCAAUAGCUGCACAUUCAUGUCGGGAAAGGAGGUAAAGAAAAAGAAACACUUAUUUGGCCUCAGGAUUCGAUUUCCCCCUUCUCCCCCCAACUGUGAUGAACCAUCUUACAAGAUGAUGGAGAAAGCUUCGCAUGAGAUCACCAUCAAAGGAUGCAAGUCCACCAAAGCUCUGUCUGCAAGGAAAAGUCCCAGUGCUCUAACUAAUGGUACAGAGAAGAAGAAGAAGAAAAAGAAAAAAAAGAAAAAGAGGAAGCAAGAGGCACGUUCUCUGGAGGCCCUGGCUAAACCACAACGGUCCAGUGAACUCCUGCCUCUGGAAACCAGAAAACCUCUCCCACUAGAGUCUCAUGCAUUGGAUCAUUUGACUUCUGUUACCACCAGGAGUGAUCGGUCUUUGCAGUCAUUUCGAACUUCAGACGUGGAAUCGAUUGGAGCUCUCAGCACCUCAGAAACUACCUCAACGAGCAUUUCAAGACAGUCCAGCCUCUGUAGUUCCAGCAAGACGCAGAGCACAGCCUGUCACAUGCCUCUUAUUUCUCCACCUUUAAAACGAAAACGUGGGCGACCACGACGAAUCCUGCAGGCCCCCAAUCCACAGAUCCCCCCUCCACCCAGCCACGCAGAAACAAACCCUUCAGCCAAAGAGAUGCUUACCCUCACGGGGAUUCACUCCACAGACAUAGUUCAUGGCAUGGACCCCAACAGUCAGCUCUCACACCUCAAGAACUCUAUCAGCAGCUAUUUUGGAGUAGCGGGCCGUCUGGCUUGUGGGGAGAAGUACAAGGUCCUGGCCCGACGGGUCACGCUUGAUGGCAAGGUGCAGUAUUUGGUGGAGUGGGAAGGAGUCACUGCCUCGUAGGCUCAGUUGUGGCAACCUUAACAUUUCAGACUUGAACAGAAU